UCCACCCCUGUAGUCUGAGGCCUCUCUUCUUUCUCUCUAAUAAACGAGUCGCUGUCACUGGAGCAGGAAGUGGUUUCUACCACAGGUGGGUGGAGCAGAGAGAGGGGAAGAAAGAGAAGAGAAACUAAAGAGAGAGAGACUGGAAGUGUAUUAGAGCAGUAUUAGUAGAGCUACAACCUGUUCAGGAGCCCCGGCGUCCCCGUGAAGGUGUCCUCCAUGUGUGCCUGGAGAGGGCCGGCCAGCUGGAGCUGUGGCUGCAGGAAGCCCAGAGGAGCCUGGUAGCCGGCGGAGCUGCCGGUUCAUCCACCAUGCAGGACGGCGUGGAGCAGCAACUCCUCACCUGCCAGGAGAUGUUCCUGGAGAUUGAGCAGAGGGUUGCCAGCCUGACGCCCCUCGGUGACCAGCAGCAGCAGCAGGAUCAGCAGGAUGAGGCGGCUGAGCUGCUCUCCUCCAAACUGGAGCUCCUGAAGUCCAACCUGGUGUCCUUUCAACAGCUGCUGCAGGACAGACAGGAAGAGGAGAGAGUCAGCUCCGCCCACAAACAGCCACAGGAACAGAAGUCGGUACCUCCUCCAGAGCGCCACCUGCCGCCUAAGUUGACGCGCAGCACCAGCGUUCAGGAGAUCUUCUCCUCACCGAGAAACAAGCUGCUGAGACAGAACAGCCUGCAGCAGCAGAAGGAGUUGGAGCAGGAGCUGACUGAGCAGAGAGGACUGACUCAGGCCAUCGCCAGGCAGGGCAGCAGAGCUCGACUCCACAGCCAGGAGUCCACGGAGGACCACGACCAGCCGUCACCAUGGUGGCCUCCUGCUGAGGCUGAUGUGGAGGAGGACUCUGCUCAGAAGAAGUGGGAUGGCCUUCACAGUCGGCUGCUGGCUGUGGAGCAGAGCUGGUUGCUUCCUCCCUCCGAGGUGACAGACUCAUCUACGAGGCGUCGUGAUGGAACAGCAGGACGCGUGAUUGGCACACAAACCCUGAAAGAGCUGCAAACCCACAUCAGCCAUCUGAGGGAGCUGGGACUCACAGAGACGGAGCCCACAAAUCAGGCCUUCUCCCCUGUGGACGGCUCCCGUCAGACGCUGGACGAGGGUUUGUUUCAUGUGCUGCGUGGAGCGUCCCUGUCCCUGUCCUCCAUCAACCACCUGCUGCACUCGCCUGGUAGGACGACACAUGAAGAAGAAGGAGACACACAGCGGACGCUGCUGCAGCUGCAGAGUCUGUCUGCGGAGCUGGCUAGCCUCGGCAGCGAGCUGGCCUCUCAGGGGUCAAAGGUCAGCCGAGUCCUGGGGUCAGAGCGUAGUCAGCAGUGUGUGGACGAUCUGUAUCGACUGCUUCCUGUUGUCCAGGCCGCACUGACCAGCAGAGAGAAGCAGAUCAUCAACCUGCAGGAGGAGACGGCAAAGCAACAGAAACGACUAAAUGAGUUGCAUGCAGCCUUCACUUCUAACCAGGCGGCGGUUCACCAGAUAAUUAAUGAAUUCAGUGGAGCCCCGGGCCUUAACAAACAACUACAGGCGGUGGUUGAGAUGCAGGCGUGUCUGCAGCAGCAGGUGGAGCAGGUGAGCUCCUUGCUGGAGGAGGCUGACCGACACCACCUGCCUGCCUCUCUCAUCCAGCAGGCCUCACAGCUGCAGGGUGAUCUGGACCGUUCUCUGGGUGGAGUUCGUUCCCGCUGUGAGGAGCUGAGGAUCAGUGCGGAGCUGCAGCAGCAGUACGAGCGGCUGGUCCACAGCCUGGAGGAGCUGCUCGCUCUGGGCUCCGAACGCCUCGCCCAGCAGCAGCCUGACACGGAGCUCCGCGACAGAGCUCAGCUCCAGCAGCAGCUCAGCGCUCACACGAAGUUCUUCCAGUUCCUGGGCCAUCAUUUUAGGAUCCUGCAGUACCUGACCCAGAGAGUCCCAGAGGACGUCCUCCAGAGGUGGGAGGGUGUAGUGAUGGGCCUGCAGGACGAGGUGGACCGGCUGCAGCAGCAUGCACUGGAGAGAGGGAGCAGGAUGCAGGAAACCUUACAGACGUGGUCGCAGUGGGAGGAGGACAGCGCCUGGUCAGACUCCCUGCUGAGAUCCAUCGAGACUUCAUUUCCCAGGAUGCACGAGGGGGGUAAUUCUGAGCAGCAGAUCUCAGAGGAGCUCUCUGUCUACCAGGAGCUGCGUGGCGUUCUGGACGGGAACAAGGCGCGGUUCAGUCGGAUGCUGGAGGCGGGGCUCUGGCUGCGGGAGGCGGGCUGUAGAGGAGCGGGCGUGUCCACCAGCGAGCUGGAGGAACGAUGGAGAGCUCUACACAAGAAGAUAGAGCACCAACGCUCCCACGUAGACAGGAACAGGAAGCUGAGGAGCAGGUUUUCCCGUGACUCUGCUGUACUGGCUGACUGGAUGAGCGGCGCCAGAGAGCUGAUUGACAAAUGCCGUCAGCUCUCCGUCUCAGCCGAGGAGGAGACGGACGAUGAACAACAGAGGCGUGAACACUUCCUCCAGUUUGUGGCUUUAACCAAAGAGUUGGAGGCUAAAUCUGGACUGAAGGUGUCUGUGAUCGGAGCUGGAACCCAGCUGCUCCAGCUGAGGGAAGAGGAUGGAAACAAAGAGACUUCACUCUCUCAGACUUCAGACCCGGACCUCUGCUCCGUCCCCUCCCAGCUCAGACAGGUAGAGCUGGACUGGUCCGGUCUGCUGGCCGAUGUUCCCGUCGUCCAACGAGCUCUGCAUAAGGGAUGGAUGAAGACCCUGACCCAGCAGGGGGCGCUGCUGGAGCUGCAGGCCUGGCUGGAAGCUGCUGAGUCUCAGCUGGAGGAGCAUCGCAGUAGAGUGAACCAAACCUCCUCCAUCAGCAGUCAACUCCUGAAAUACUGCAAGGAGUGUCAGACAGAGAUGUCAGCCCAUCAGGCCACGCUGGACUUCACCAUCCAGCCGUUACAGACCUGCGGUACUGAGGAGGACCAGAAGGGGCGCUAUGAGCACAACCAGUUUGCAGAGGAGCAGGGACGCCUCAACCACCAGUGGCUCAGUCUGCAGGAAACCCUCAACUCUCAGAUCCAGGAGGUGGAUCAGGAGCUGAGGAGCAGAGGGGAGCGGGAGGCCCGACUGCAGCAGAUCAACAGCUGGAUCACAGACCAGAACCUCUGGAUGGACUCAGCUCAGACACCCAGCAGCCAGACGGAGCUGCAGAGGAGCAUCAUCACCUGCCAGGAUCUGGAGGAGAAGAUCAGGCAGAAGUCUGCAGCUCUUCAGGAGUUGAGAGACAAACGUGAUGGUGGAGGAGCAAACGGCAGCUCUCAGGUGGAUAAAUGCAUCCAGGCCUGUGCAGCUCUCAGACAGCAGCAUGACUCAGUGAAACAGAGGCUGAUUCAGGCCCGGCAGCUGUGGGAUUGUGUGGAGAAGCGACUGAAUCAGAUGAGGCUGAAAACAGUGAGAACAUCUCAGACUCUUGAUUAUCUCAGCGGCCCUCAGAUCUCCGUACAGGCCCACAGAGAUGUCCAUGAGAAGCUGCAGCGUCUUCAUGAGGAGACUUCAGAGGCAGAGUGGGACGAUCUGAGUCAAACCACCUCCUCCCUCAGAGACGUCAUCAGUCCUGCUGCUGCCGUCCUCCUCACGGAGCAGCUGGACGGACAGAGAGACAGUUGGAAGGUGGCGUGCGGAGCGUUGGACCAGCAGCUCCAGAGGAGUCGUGGCGUCCUACAGGUGUGGGACGUCUACGCCCGGCUGGCUGCGUCUUUCUCCCAGCGGCUGCAGACGCUGCAGAGUGACGUCAGGUCAUCGCUGAACACAGCGCCCGGAGACGAUAACACUGUGGAGCAGGUCGCUGUCAAGAUGCACAAUGUUCAGAGCCUCCUGGAGAGGACGGACACUCUGCAGUCUGACCUGGAGGGGGUGCUGGACGCCUCCAAGGACCUGAGUGGACACCUGGAACCUGCUGCUGCCGGUCUGGUCCAAUCAGAGAGCCGGUUGUUGUCACGUGGUGUUGGGCAGCUCAGCCAGACGGUGACCAGGAAGCUGGGUCAGCUGCAGGAGGAGCUGGAGCGGCUGCAGGAGUUUGGAGACGUCCUGGAGUCACUGGAGGGAAAUCUGGAGCUUUGGCAGGAGCGUCUGAACGAUGUGGCGGCUCGGACAGUAGACCAGUCUGGCCUCCUGGAGCUGAGCGGCCUGUCUGCUGACCUGGAUGUGCUGAACGAGCAGAGCCGCAGCCUGACGCCAGGUGACGCUGCAGCACGCCGUCUGCAACGCCUAAACCGCUGCUGGGCCGACGCCUCCGCCAGUGCCGAGGAGGCCUGCAGUGAGCUGCAGACGGAGGCGCUGAGGCGGCAGAGCUUCGAGCAGAAGUGUGAGAGCUGGAUGUCGUUCCUGCAGAGGAUGGAGGACAGCCUGGCUGUAGACGUGGCCGGCUCUUACAUCGGCCUCAGACAGCAGCUCUGUACACACAAGAGGUUUCAGGCGGAGCUGUCCACUGGUCACCAGAUCCUCCAUUCAGUCCUCACUGAGGCUCUUCACCUGCUGCAGAAAGGAGAGGUGGACGACAGGAGUGACUUCAUCCUGAAGCUGGCCCAGCUCAGGGAGCACUGGCAGGGUGCGGUGCAGCGGGCGGACCAGCGGCGCUCCCUGGUGGAGGGGCUGGUGAAGCACUGGCACCUGUACAGCCGCAGCCUGAGGAAGCUGCAGAGGUUCCUGUCGGAGACGCAGACCCUGCUUCCCCCCGCCGGACCAGCCCACUGCAGCCUGCAGCAGCUGAGACACUCCCUCCAGGACCUCCAGCACACUGAGCUUCUGUUCCAGAGGUAUCAGUGCAGUUUCAUCCACACUCUGGAGGUCGGCCGGCAGCUCUUCUCCAUGGGGGACGAGGAGACCCAGACCCAGCUGCAGACGGACCUGGGAACCCUGCAGGAGGAGUGGGACAUCCUCCACGUCCUGCUGGGCCGCAGGAUUGAGCUCACCGAGGCCAUCGUCGAGAACUGGGAGCGCUGCGAGGCCGGACUAGCAGACAGCGCGCUGCAGGUGAAGGACCUGAAGACCAGACUGAACCAGUCGAUGCCAGAGUUUGAUGACGAGCUGCUUAGCGCCGAGAAAUACAACAAGGAGAACGAGGACUCCCUGGAGGACUGGGCUGAGAGCCUGACGGAGCUGAGCACCAUGAAGACGGACCUGUCCCAGUACAUCAUCGCCGACGACGUCCUGCUGCUGCAGGAGCAGGUGGAGCACCUGCACUGUCAGUGGGACGAACUCUGCCUCAAGGUGUCUCUGCGUAAACAGGAGAUCGCAGAUCGCCUCAACGCCUGGAUCAUCUUCAACGAGAAGAACAAGGAGCUGUGCGAGUGGCUGACGCAGAUGGAGAACAAGGUGGCGCACAACUCCGACCUCAACAUCGAGGAGAUGGUGGAGAAACUCAAGAAGGACUGCAUGGAGGAGAUCAACCUGUUCAGUGAGAAUAAAACCCACCUGAAGCAGCUCGGAGAACAGCUCAUCACAGCCAGCAACAAGACGAAAGAGACGGAGGUCAACGACAAGCUGAAGGACAUCAACGACCGCUGGCAGCAUCUGUUCGACCACAUAGAGGCCAGGGUGACAAAGCUGAAGGAGACGCUGGUGACGGUGCAGCAGCUUGAUAAGAACAUGAGCAACCUGCGGACGUGGCUGUCUCGCAUCGAGGCGGACUUGGCCAAGCCGGUGGUCUACAACGUCUGCCACAGCGACGAGAUUCAGAGGAAACUGGCUGAGCAGCAGGACCUGCAGCGGGACAUCGAGCAGCACACGGAGAGCGUGGCGUCGGUGCUGACGCUUUGUGACGUCCUGCUCCACGAUGCCGACGCCUGCGGCGGCGACUCGGAGAACGACUCGAUCCAGCAGACCACCCGCAGCCUGGACCGCCGCUGGAGGAACAUCUGUUCCAUGUCCAUGGAGAGGAGGAUGAGGAUUGAGGAGACGUGGCGUCUCUGGUGUAAGUUCCUGGACGACUUCUCUCGCUUUGAAGACUGGCUGAAGACGGCUGAGCUCACGGCAGCGAACCCGGACUCUGCUGGCGUCCUCUACACCAGCGCCAAGGAGGAGCUCAAGAAGUUCGAGGCGUUCCAGCGGCAGGUCCAUGAGCGUCUGACUCAGCUGGAGCUGGUCAACAAACAGUAUCGCCGCCUGGCCCGGGAGAACCGGACCGACGCCGCCAGCAAGCUCAAAGUCUUGGUCCACGAGGGGAACCAGAGGUGGGACAGCCUGCAGAAGAGGGUGGCUUCUGUUCUCCGCAGACUCAAGCACUUUACCUCCCAGAGAGAAGACUUUGAGGGAACUCGUGAGGGGAUCCUGGUCUGGCUGACAGAGAUGGACCUCCAGCUCACCAACGUGGAGCACUUCUCCGAGAGCGACGUCGAAGACAAGAUGAGACAGUUGAACGGCUUCCAGCAGGAAAUCACCCUGAACACCAACAAGAUCGACGCCCUCAUCGUGUUUGGGGAGAACCUGAUCCAGAAGAGCGCUCCUCUGGACGCCGUGCUGAUCGAGGACGAGCUGGAGGAGCUGCACUCAUACUGCCAGGAGGUGUUCGGCAGAGUGGCUCGCUUCCACCACCGCCUCGUCAACAGACGCCCGGUUCUGGAGGAGGAGAGGGAACUGUCAGACCACGACACAGACCUGGACGACUCACCUGAUCUGACCAACGGGACUUCCUCCUGGGAGGAGACGAGGAAGGAGGAGGAGGAGGAGGAGGAGGUUCCUUCAGUAGGCGGAGUCUCAGCUGGACGGCAGGUCAUGUGUCACCUCCUAGCGCCCCCUCUGGAGCGGUCGGGAAGAGAGACCCCCGUCAGCGUGGACUCCAUCCCGCUGGAGUGGGACCACACUGUCGACGUGGGAGGAUCGUCGUCACACGAGGACGACGAGGACGCCACCUUCUUCAGCGCCUUGUCAGUGAAGUCAGUAACCGACCCGCCCAGCUGGCACCAGCCCGGCUCCCCAGAGCGGAAACGAGUUCCCCGAGAAAUCAUCCGAGGCCUCAGCUCGUCUCCCACACACACCACCAGCACUCCCUACCACCAGCAGGGCUACGCUAAGCUGAUGUCGGAGUGCAGCGGCAGCAUCAACAGCGUGAAGAGAGUCAAGCUGAUCCUGAAUGACGAGGAGGAGUUAGAGGAUCCGGGUCUGACCAGCAGCACGGCCGACAAGCAGACCAGCACAGGUGUGAUCGAGCGCUGGGAGCUGCUACAAGUACAGAAGUUCAACAAAGAGAUGGACAUCAAGCAGGACCUGGAGCAGUGGCAGAAGCUGAACUCGGAUCUCUGUGAUGUCACUUCCUGGCUGGGCAGGGUGCUGCCAGAGCUUGAGAGGCUACAGCGGAUCGCACCGUCCACCAGCAUCCGAGACUUCGAAGUCAACAUCCGGAAGCUAAAGGAGAUGCAGAAGACCUUCAACAGCUACAAGUGUCUGAUGAUCUCCGCCAACCUGAGCAGCCGUCACUUCCUGAGGGGCGACAGCGCCGAGCUGCGGGAGCUGCAGGAAGCUCUGAGCUCAGCCAAUCACAGCUGGACGCAGGCCUGCGGCGGCCUGGAGAGCUGGGAGAGGAGGCUGCACUCUGCACUCAUGCAGUGUCAGGAGUUUCAUGUGACGCUGCACUCCCUGCUGUUGUGGCUCGCUCAGGCCGAGAACAAACUCUGCGUCGUGAACGUCAGCGACCGGUUGACGUCCCGCUCCGCCCUGCUGGAGCACCGAGACACGCUGACGGCUCUGCAAGAGGAUCUGUGCGGCCGCCAUCGGCAGGUCUCCUCGCUGCAGGAGAUCUCCUCUCAGCUCCUCCUGGAGGCCACCGGAGAGGACAGCGUGGAGGCCAAGGAGAAGGUCCACGUCAUCGGCAACAAACUGCAGCUCCUGCUGCGACAGGUGGCCGCUGACCUGCACACGCUGCAGGGAAGACUGGAAACCUGCUCAACCAGCUCAGAGAUGGACAGCAUCGGUCUGCUGCACAAGGUGGAGGCUGCAGGUCUACGGGGAGCUACAGUCGGACAACCGGCGACUAAAAGGGAGGAGAGGAGGGAUUAUUCUCCACAGCGACCGUACUUCCACCGGGUUCUUAGAGCUGCCUUCCCCCUACACCUGCUCUUCUUCAUGCUGCUGGUUCUGGCCUGCCUGGUGCCUCUGUCUGAUGAGAACUACAGCUGCACGCUGUCCAACAACUUCGCCCGCUCCUUCUACCCCAUGCUGCGCUACACCAACGGCCCUCCGCCUACAUGAACACUGCCAUAUGACACCCAGCGAGGAGAAGACUGAAGGACUUGAUCAUAACAGUAUGUGAGGUUGAAAUGGACCGUCACAGUGUUAAGAUGCAAGUUUAAAGACACUUGGUGUAUUUAAAAAUAUAUAUUUGCUCACAGCUAUAUAUAUAUAUAUAUAAGAAGCCAUAUCAUUGGUUCGUUUUAAAGUUUUGUCAUUUUUAUAUGUAGAUUUGCCGUCUAACGUCCCCACUAAACAUCUACAGUAUAUUUUCAUUUUUGUACUUUCACUUCAGUCUGUGGGAUCUACAUUGAAGGCUAAAGGACAGAUAUUACCAAAGCAUCCAGAGAGCGAGGAGCACACUAGCCAUUUUCUACCACUGCAGCUAUUUUUCCUCACAGGAGGCAGCCACUUGUUGAUAUCACAUUUUGUACAGAACAGUUGUUUGAUUUAGAGAUAUUUAAGAUACGAUCUGUAAGAUGAUUUUUUUUUUUUUUUUUUAAAUGAUGGCAGUGACUCAUCUGCAGACAUGCCUUUCUGUAGCCAACAGAACCACCAGAACGUUAUCAGAUAAUGUACUUUUAAUGGCGUUAUUGAUUAAUUUUUUUGUAUAUAUAACGGCAAACUACCGAGAAAGAAAUAGCUAAAUUAUUGUUUCUGAGUGUGAUACUGAAAUCUAUCAAAGUAAUUUAACAUGGGGCAGUAGUUUAACCGCCGGUGUGAUAAAAAUGACUGAGAUAUUUUCCUAUGAUUAUGUUAUGGCCAGUGUUUUGGAGGUCAUUUUUUAAUAUUUUAGCAGAUCACUGUACUGAAAAGUUUUGCAAAAAAAGAGUCCUCAAAUUACAGAUGAAUUAAGUGAUUAUUGACCACUAGGGGGCAGAACACACCUCUGAUAUAACGGUACUUAAUCAAGUGCUUUUAGCUAAUAAGGGUGGGGGAAAAAAAUCAAUUCACCUAUUAAUGCCAGAAUCGAUAUAUUUGCGGAUAUAGAAGGAAGUUACCGCUUUUAUUGUUGUAACAUGACGUCAUAUCCGUUCCGUAUCCGCCAACCAAAACAAACCGCAGCGAGCCGAAACAAAAAAAAACAUUGGAGGGUCUGUGUGGAUACGAGCUGCACCCUCACGUGUUAAAUCCAGCGUGGUAAACACUACACAUCCAGUAAAGGAUGGAAACACUUUGGGUUUCACACAUUGACAGGAAAAGCAGAGCUAGACAUCACGGCUAAAGCUGCAUGUUAACAGGAAACGUUAUUGUAUCGCGGUAACAUGCAGUCAAGCCGGCCAAUGCUACAUACAUGCUGAAAAUCAAAUCCUUUUACUGCAUCAAUUUAGAUGUUUUUCAAAAUAAAAGUCCCUAGAAGUGUUUGAUUCAACUUCUUCCCAUGGUUUAGUGUUAAAAAAAGUUAACAAAUAUCGAAUCGGGAGAUAGGUGUAUCAUCCCAACCCUAUUGGCUAAUAUAGUAGCAUUAAAAACUGCCUACUUCCACAUCCAGCCGACACAGAUUCAGUGCAGCUGUAAAACCAAAACCGUUAGUUAACCGGAGUCUAAAAGUUCUGUACAGAGUUGGGAGUUGAUUCUCAAUAUUGACGCAGCAAUAUUAGAUCUGACAGGGAGUUCUAUGUUAAGAUAUUAACAGCAGCAAACACAUAUCACUCUGCCAUUCAGCUGCUUAACAAAGUACAAAGACUACACCUAAAACUAUACUAAACUAUACCCCUAUAACCCGUCGUUCAUAACUUACCUAAUUAACGCUGUCCGAGUUGGCUCCAUGGAGUAAAGCCCUGCAGGCAUCGAACAUCUAAUGGGUUAAAACAAAAUCAGAUUUUUAAUAAUACAGUUUGUGGUUUAUACUGUAAUGUGCAUGACAGGUGUCAAAAUCUAUAACAAGCCACACUCGGAGUAGCACAUGAAUGUAAGUGAUCCUUUGGGCAUUGAAUGUAACGGUGUACAUGCACAAUCAAAGAUCAUUAAGUGUAUGUCAAUUACCAUGUUAAUAAUAUUAUUGAUCCUAAAUGUUUGAGAGUGUAUGAUCUGAUUUAAAACAACUCAGUGUUUGAUCCUAAUUUGUACAUAAUCUCCGCCUCACACUCAGCAGAACAGAAACAAACAGUGUGUAAUGUUUGAUUUAUUUUGUGAACUCUUUAUUUAUGGGAUGUAUAGAUUUGUCACUUUUGAUUGACAAUAAACUGUGUUUGCCAUGA